CUGGAGCGGCCCCGGCGCUGCCGCCGCCGCCGCCCGGAGCGGGGAGUGCCGGGCAGGGCCGGGCAGGUGGAGCGGCCCCCGAUGGAGCGGGGGAAGAUGGCGGAGCUGGAGAGCCUGGAGACGGCGGCGGAGCACGAGCGGAUCCUGCGGGAGAUCGAGAGCACGGACACGGCCUGCAUCGGCCCCACGCUCAGGUCUGUCUACGAUGGAGAAGAACAUGGUCGGUUCAUGGAGAAACUGGAAGCUCGGAUCCGCAACCACGACCGGGAGAUCGAGAAAAUGUGCAACUUCCACUACCAGGGAUUCGUGGAUUCCAUCACGGAGCUGCUCAAGGUCAGAGGAGAAGCUCAAAAACUGAAGAACCAAGUGACGGACACCAACCGGAAGCUGCAGAACGAAGGGAAAGAACUGAUAAUUGCCAUGGAAGAGCUGAAGCAGUGCCGGCUGCAGCAGAGGAACAUUUCGGCGACAGUCGAUAAACUCACGCUGUGUCUUCCCGUGCUGGAGAUGUACAGCAAACUGCGGGAGCAGAUGAAAUCCAAGAGGCACUACCCUGCCCUGAAGACCCUGGAGCACCUGGAGCACACGUACCUGCCCCAGGUGAGCCACUACCGCUUCUGCAAGAUCAUGGUGGAUAACAUCCCAAAGCUGCGCGAGGAGAUCAAGGAGGUGUCCAUGUCAGACCUCAAGGAUUUCCUGGAGAGCAUCCGGAAGCACUCGGACAAGAUUGGAGAGACGGCCAUGAAACAGGCUCAGCAGCAGAGAAACCUGGACAACAUCGUGUCCCAGCAGCCCAGGAUAAGCGGGGGGAAGAAAUCCAAGAAGGAAUUCUGCGCCAGCUCCGACCUGGAGGUGAAAAACACCAGCCCCAUGUCCGAGCAAGAUUCGGGAAUCCUGGAUGUUGAGGAUGAGGACGAGGACGAAGAGGUGCCUGGAGCCCAGGAUUUGGUGGAUUUCUCCCCAGUUUAUCGCUGCCUGCACAUCUAUUCUGUCCUGGGCGCCCGAGAAACCUUCGAGAGCUACUACAGGAAGCAGAGGAGAAAACAAGCCCGGCUGGUCCUGCAGCCUCCUUCCAACAUGCACGAAACCUUGGACGGCUACAGGAAGUAUUUUAAUCAAAUUGUAGGGUUCUUCGUGGUGGAGGAUCACAUCCUGCACACCACCCAGGGCUUGGUCAACAGGGCCUACCUGGAUGAGCUGUGGGAAAUGGCCUUGUCCAAAACCAUCGCUGCCCUCCGGACACACUCGUCCUACUGCUCCGACCCGAGCCUGGUGUUGGACUUGAAGAACCUCAUCGUCCUCUUUGCUGACACACUCCAGGGCUAUGGCUUCCCAGUGAACCAGCUCUUUGACAUGCUCUUGGAGAUCCAGGACCAGUACAGUGAAACCCUCCUGAAGAAAUGGUCAGGAGUUUUCAGAAAUAUACUUGACUCAGACAACUACAGCCCCAUCCCGGUGUCAAAUGAAGAACUUUAUAAGAAAAUAGUUGGACAGUUCCCAUUCCAGGAUGCUGAACUUGAAAAGCAACCCUUUCCAAAGAAGUUCCCCUUCUCCGAGUUUGUGCCUAAAGUUUACAAUCAGAUCAAGGAAUUCAUCUACGCCUGCCUGAAGUUCUCGGAGGACCUUCACCUGAGCUCCACCGAGGUCGACGACAUGAUCCGGAAAUCCACGAACCUGCUGCUGACCCGGACCCUGAGCAACUGUUUACAGACCGUCAUCAAGAGGAGGAACGUGGGGCUGACGGAGCUCGUGCAGAUUAUUAUAAACACGACCCACCUGGAGAAAUCCUGCAAGUUCCUUGAGGAGUUCAUCACCAACAUCACCAACGUGCUGCCGGAAACCGUGCACACCACGAAGCUCUACGGGACCACCACCUUCAAGGACGCCCGGCACGCGGCCGAGGAGGAGAUCUACACCAACCUCAACCAGAAGAUCGACCAGUUCCUGCAGCUGGCAGACUACGACUGGAUGGCCCUGGAGCCGGGCAGCAGGGCCAGCGACUACCUGGUGGAUCUUAUCGGCUUCCUGCGCAGCACCUUCGCCGUGUUCACCCACCUCCCGGGGAAGGUGGCCCAGACCGCCUGCAUGUCGGCCUGCAAGCACCUCUCGACGUCGCUGCUGCAGCUGCUGCUGGAGGCCGAGGUGAGGCAGCUCACGCUGGGGGCCCUGCAGCAGUUCAACCUGGACGUGGAGGAGUGUGAACAGUUUGCCAGAUCCGGCCCAGUGCCUGGGUUCCAAGGGGACACGCUGCAGUUGGCCUUCAUCGACUUGAGACAAGGAAGCGACACAAAAGGGAGCAGUCCCAGGUCUGAGCCUGCCCCUCCUGCAAAGCCAGGCCGGGGCAGCGCAGCGUGGUUUGUGUUUACAGUGGAGCUUAAAGAAAUAAGCAUCGGUUACAUAGGGGGGAAAAAUGAGACCGCGGUCAGAUUGGACCCCAGGGCAAGGCCGGCCGGGAACAAUGGAUCUGCUAAACAAAACCCCGGAGCUCGGGAGGAAGUUAUCAUGGAAACCCUGGUCCUGCUGCCAAGGAUGAGAGACACGAGCAGGAAAAACAACGUUUUUGCCCAGUUUCGGAAAAACGAGCGGGACAAGCAGAAGCUCAUCGACACCGUGGCCAAGCAGCUCCGCGGCCUCAUCAACAGCCACCACUCCUGAGGGAGCUGGGUCACCUCCUUCCCAAACCCCCCCUGGACUUGGGGAUUCCCUGUUGAAAGAGAAUAUAUGUAUUUUUUUAUUCACCUGUAAUAUUCCCAGAACCUUCCCCCCCCCUCAAAUCCUGACCCCUCCCCUUCCCGAUGACAAAACGCCCCUGGUGAAACAAUCCCUGGGAAAAGAGGGGGUGUCGGGAGGCUCCUGGGAGAAACUCCUAUUUUCAGGGGUUUAGAAAGCCACUGGGAAAUCCUAAAGCCUGAGAGGGAAGCUCACACCCCAGACUGUUUUCUUGUUGGAUUGGCCAAAUUACAGGGAUCAUCCUGCCUUCCUUUUGUUAUCCCCAAAAAACGGAGGGAGGACCUGCGGUUUGGGUUCUUCUCGUGGGCUCUGGUCGAAGGGAAGAGGGUCACCCCUUAGUGUGUCUCGCCAGCUUGUGGUUUGGAUUUAGGUAGGAGAAAAGGCAAAGUGAUUUCCCAGUUUUUCCUCCUUGUUUUCCCCUCUAAGAGCUGAUUCCCACCUUAGGAAAGGGAGAUCCCUGGAGAUCCCGGGAACUUUUCCUGUGUGUCUGUGACUGGCGUGGCCACCCCUGAGCUCCACCACCGGGACCUGCUGGGGUCUGUGGGCCUGUCACUGGGUGGAGAAGGGCUUUAGAGCUGCCUCAUUAAUUAGAUUUGGAAAGGGAGAGCCAAAGGAUAACCUGGCAGGGUGUCCUGUGGAGCCGGAUUGGUGCUGGAAUGCUGCUGGAAUUCGGGCAGCAGGAAUGGAGGGGUGGCGUAAAACUGAGCUCUGCUGACGUCCAGGGCUCUGCAUUCAGGGCUUUUCCCCUCUCUUUUCCAUGCUGGUGUCCCAUCUUCCCUCUCCUCUUGAUGCUUCCCUGGGGUAAAGCCCCUCUGCUUCCCUUGGUUUGCUCCUGGAUGGGACAUGGAGUGGGAAACUUGUGGAAUCCCCGGCAUGGAGUCAGCAAUGCUCAGCCCCCCCAGCUCCAAAGUGCCUGUGGACAAAAUUCCCCUCAGCUCUGAAGGUUCCCAAAGAUCCUCUGCUGGAAUCAGGCAGCUUUUGAGGAGCGGGGCAACAUUCCCAACAGGAUUUUAGCUCCGGGGUUCAGGUUACUGAGGGGGAUUUUCACCCUUAUCAUCUCGUUACCCUUUUGACUCCGAGUCCUGCAGGUGAAAACUUAUCCAGCCCCAUUCCCCACCUCCCAGACCCUCAUGGUAAAGGGAAUUAAAAAUCUUCCUGGUGGAUGUCACAGCCCUGGGAGCGCCCUGGGAAAUGUGCCCGUUUCCCACCCUCUGGAUGCACGAAGGGGACGAGGAUUUAUCCUCUCUCCUUGUUCCUCAGCGAGACUUUUGGGGAGUUUGUUUUAUUUUUGGGAAGGAUUCGUGUUGCUUAACCCUGGAAGUGAACGGAAAUAUGGUCAGGAAUGACCUCCUGGGGAUGUUGUCCUGUCCCAGCCGCCUCCAUCCAUGAGGACCAAGGGAUUGUUUUCAUUAAUAAGAGGGAAAGCCCAUCCUGGCAUUGUGGUUCCUUGGUUUUGGAGGGGGAUCAGAGGUGAUGCCUCUUGGAAGGACAUGGAAGGAGGACGAAGGAAAAAGAAGCAGGUGAAGGAAAGUUGGUGUCACGUGGCCAGAAAUGGAUCAUCUUUGUAGACAAACCCCCAAACGACCCAGCAGAGGCUUCCAGGGGGACCAGAGGAACUCAGUCAGGCUGUGGGAUAAAGGGAGAAGGAUCAGGAUCCUCAAAUACAGGGAAGGGAUUUUAGUGGACGAAGCGUCCGCUGCCGCCCUGAAAUUCCAUUUUUGCCUCCUGUAUUCCGUGUUCCUGCAAGAAAACCUCAAUGCAGCUUGAGGGCUUGAGGCAACACCUUGUUUCCCAUCCCCAUCCCACAUCUGGGCUCUGCUUCCCAUCUCCACCAAGAGCUUCAAUUCCCGAAGGAGCAACACGGCCCUGCCAUGCCUGGGGUGGGUUCCCUCCCUCCUAUAAGCUCUUUUUGGAGAAGUUGGGAUUGGGAUCCCACAAACCAGCUCCUGGCCCUCCAGACUUGCCACUGGGAAAGUCACAUUCGGCCAAGGGAGGGAUUCGGGGAGUUCCUGAUUUCGGGAGGUCAAGAGCCUGAACUGCGAGUCACGGCCCCGGGAUGAAAAAUGGCAUUUUUGGUGCUCUGGUCCUAAUUAACUUUUUUGUUCCGAGAGAUGCGGCUCCAUCCCCUCCCAAAUAAAAUUAAUCUUUGGAACAGAUUGCCUAAAGAGCCCUGGAAGACAUUCCAAAUCCCCUCUAAGUCCCCUGCUAAUGACGGGGAUCCUCCUCUGGGGAUGGAGUCGCUCAGGAGGGAAAGGGAAUUUUUGAGGAGGGUGGGAAGAGGGAGCAGAAUCCUCAAAUGAAGAUUUGCAGCCCCCUCAAAUAAAUACUGCUGCUAUAACCCCUCCCUCCCCAGACACUUAAAGGGUUUGAGUUUUUAAGCAGUGGCUGUAGAAAAAAAAAAUUGGGUUGUUCCCCCAGUUUUUCCAGCAAAUAUUCACAAAAAUAUUCCAG